GGACUGGAAUCUAGGAGGUCUAGAUUUUCUUCAUGCAUUCCUAGCUGCUGGUCCAUUGUACAGCCUGAAAACUUAACUGUUCUUAAAGGGUAAGACGACCCAGAGGUGAAAUGAAAAAGGAGCAACAUGUGAAUACAGAAAAGGUGACUUGCACGGCACGCAGAACUCUGCCCGUUUCCUCCCCAGCUGCCCAGAGCUAGCGGUGUAAGGAAUUUGUUGCCCAAGGCAGGCUUCGGGCAGCCUGUUAAGAGGCUUCAGGCAAACCAGGCCCUUCUCCCUGGGGGGCAGGAUGUCCUUCCUCAUUGCAGACCUCUUGUGACCGGGGGCAAAUUGCACUGCAGCUGCAGGCUGUGGGUGGAGGAACAGACCAAGCAGUGCCGAAGGCUAGGCGUUACAGUGCCUAUCAAUACACUUAGCCCUGGAGAAAACCCAAGAACGUGGUUGUCCUGGAUGGGAGAGCUCAAAGGGACUGGUCUUUCUGCCGGAGGAGAGCGUGACGGCAAAAGGAGAGGUCGAUCGUGAGGAGCCGAGCACCCUCCCUCCCCUCCCCUCUUAUCGGAUUCCUCGUAAGUGAAGCUCGCUCACUCUUUGAGGACCAGACCUCACUGAUGACUGGGAAGCAAAGAGUACCCAGGAAAGCACUUUUACCACGGACUCCACCUCAGGAGCACCAGGAACUCGUCUUCUAAGUAAAAUCUGUGCCCCUUCUGUGCAGACCUGAUGUCUGCUGCAAUGGAUACAGAAUCAACAUAUUCGGGAUACUCCCACUACUCAGGUCACUCCAAAAAAGCCCACAGACAAGGGAGUCGGGACAGGCACAAAUCACCGCGAAGCAAAGACGGCAGUCGGUCUGAGAAGUCCGUCACUAUCCAGACACCUCCUGCAGAGCCGCUGCUUGGGAACGAUGCCUCUCGGGCAGAGGAGGGCCAGGAUGACAACUGGGGUGAGACCACGACAGCAAUCACAGGCACCUCUGAGCACAGUAUUUCCCAGGAGGACAUUGCCCGGAUCAGUAAGGAUCUGGAGGACAGUGUUGGGUUGGACUGCAAACGUUACCUGGGCUUAACAGUGGCAGCUGUUCUCGGACUUCUUGUCUUCCUUACCCCCAUCGCCUUCAUUCUGUUACCCCAGAUCCUGUGGCGGGAUGAUCUGGAGCCGUGUGGUACUGUUUGUGAGGGACUGUUCAUCUCUGUGGCAUUUAAACUCCUCAUUCUUCUGAUUGGGACCUGGGCUCUGUUCUUCCGCCAGCCCAAGGCAGAUAUACCAAGGGUGUUUGUGUUUCGGGCCCUUCUGUUGGUCCUCAUAUUCCUGUUUGUGUUUUCCUACUGGCUCUUUUACGGCGUUCGCAUCUUGGACUCGAAGGACACCAACUACCAAGGAAUAGUACAGUACGCGGUGUCUCUGGUGGAUGCUCUGCUCUUCAUUCACUACCUGGCCAUUGUGCUGCUGGAGCUACGGCAGCUGCAGCCCAUGUUCACUGUCAAGGUAGUUCGGUCAACAGACGGAGAGUCGCGAUACUACAGCUUGGGGCACUUGAGCAUCCAGCGAGCUGCACUGGUGGUUCUGGAAAAUUACUACAAAGAUUUCACAGUCUACAACCCAGCCUUGUUAACAGCCUCCAAAUCCCGUGCAGCCAAGCACAUGGCUGGCCUGAAAGUCUACAAUGUUGAUGGCCCGGGGAACAACGCGUCGGGGCAGUCUCGUGCCAUGAUUGCAGCUGCAGCCCGUCGCAGGGACUCCAGUCACAACGAGCUCUACUACGAAGAGGCUGACCACGAGCGUCGAGUGAAAAAACGCCGUGCAAGGCUUGUGGUUGCAGUAGAGGAGGCUUUCACUCACAUCAAACGCCUCCAGGCAGAGGAACAGCAGAAAGCUCCAGGAGAGAUGAUGGACCCCCGAGAAGCAGCCCAGGCAAUCUUCCCGUCCAUGGCAAGAGCUCUGCAGAAGUACCUUCGCACUACCCGCCAGCAACAGUACCACAGCAUGGAGAGCAUCUUGCAACACUUGUCCUUUUGCAUCACCAAUAACAUGACACCAAAGGCAUUCCUGGAGCGUUACCUCAACCCAGGCCCAACCCUCCAGUACGACAGGGAUCGCUGGUUCUCCAAGCAGUGGACUCUUGUCAGUGAGGAAGCGGUCACAAGCGGGUUACAAGACGGCAUUGUGUUUGUCCUCAAGUGCUUGGACUUCAGCCUUGUUGUUAAUGUGAAGAAAAUCCCCUUCAUCAAACUCUCAGAAGAGUUUAUAGACCCUAAAUCGCAUAAAUUUGUCCUCCGCUUACAGUCUGAGACUUCAGUCUAAGGGAUUUUGAGGGUGGGUUGUUUGGGGAUUUUUUUUUUUUUUUUCAAUAUUGUGCUUUUGGGUUUAAUUUCCCCAAUGCUGACUGAAACUGGCAGAUGAUGGACCAGUAAUAUUUGACCAUCUGCACUUUAUUUGGAAAGGGGAGGGGGGAGUUGAGAUAUCUUAUCUAGAAAGAAAUAUCUUAAGAGGCGACAGGGUGACUUGGCUCGGUUAGCUCAGCCUUGGAGACAGAACAGAUUUAUUUUUUUUUUCUUCCUCCCCCCCUCCCCAGCAUACUGUAAAUCUCACGCUCGCUCUUUCUCCGCACGAUUGCAACGUUGGUAUUUUUGUUGGAGCGCUGCCUUACGCUGUGUGCGCGCCUGCGCUUUUGCAUCUCUGCUUUCACUACCUGUAGCUGUUUCUGAGAGUGCGUUGCUCACCUCUCCGCUAUAGAAAUCUGCUUCCACGGGGGUGUGGCAGUCCCUGUUCACUCGGAGAGGAGUGAGAGGGCCGCUUCUGUGAGCCACCUAAUCUGGAGACUGAAGACUUUUAUUCUUUUCCUCCUCUCCAUGUGCCCUCUUUUGUCGGUGCUGGACCUGUAUGAGCAUAGUGGGAUGGUUUUGCUCUCUGUGUCUCUGUGAAGUUGCUUGUCUUGAAAUGGAUCAGCCCAUCUUGCAGCUGUUCAAAUUUAAUUUUUUUUUUUUUUUUUUUUUUUUUAAACCAGUGCUAGUUAGUGAAACUGUUCUGUGUGACACAGAUCCCGUUUAUCUCUCACCUGCUUCCCGCUGUCCUGCUUGCCUGCAUCUUGGUCGGGCACUCCCAUGGCUCCCCAUUUCUGUCCUCUUCUGUCUGGCUUUCCGAAUGGGUUUCUCCAGUCACGGUCCCCUCAGGGUCUGCCUUACCACCGCUUCCUUUUGCACCUGCAAGGGCUGUGUAUUUGCACUGGGACAGGGUAGGUAAGUAGCUGGCUCCUCAGAUAAAUCACAGACCCUCCCUAUGUCUGACAGCAUCUUUGAGGGGAAGGGGCGUGCAGGCAGGAAUGUGCCUCUCCCUCUCUAGCCGGCUUCAAGUGUGUCUGGAGGAAAGAUGGGCAAAAGCACUUCCCUCCUUGAGGAGAGGAGCCAGGGAAGGGCGGACCUCUGCCAUGUGCACUUGCUUUGGAGAACUGCUGUGCUCUGGAAACACUGCAGUGUGUCCUUCCCCACCGUACGCCUUCAGCUAUAGCUAAGAAAUACCAAACUAUGUCCGAAUGUUGAAAACCUGCCUGCCUUUCUUGGCCUUUCUGUACUGCAGGAGCUUCCUCUCGGUGCUGGGAUCUGCUCCUGAGAGUUGCAGUUUUGUUUGUAAGGCUGCCUUUGCCCAUCAGUGCAGCUUUCACGUGCAACUUUAGUGUCACCUGAGUUUUAUGGGGUUUUGGCAGGUUUGCUUUUAACGGUGAGCCUAAAGCGAUGUCUGAAGUCUGAUUGCUGGCACAGGGCAUCGCGUGACUCUCGAGCCAGCUCCGAGGCUGGCAGUGACCUGCCUUCUGUCAGGUCCCUCCGAGACACCCCCAGCUCUGUGGCAGUGGAUUUGCAUGUGUGAAUGCAAAUGCUCGAUUCAUUCUGCCCGGUCUUUUGCCAUGCAAAUAGCUCUAUCAGGCGGGAUCUGACCUGCUCUCCAUACCGAUGUCUUAACACAGAGGGCCCCAAUUCAGCGAGGUACGUAAGCCAGUGCCUUUCAUUACCAGGCUGCGUUGUCUUCCGAGGGGGGCUGUGACAGCCCCUCCUGUCCCCUUGGCCUUCCCUGGGCUCCUCCAGCAGCUUGUGAGGUUGCCUCCACGCUCUCACCAGCACAAGGUGGGCCGGCUAAGAUUGGGGCUCUUGUUAGUCCUGCGUGGCAUGGCUGCUGUGGGCUGGCCAGUGCCCACCAGAAGCUGGUGGGAGGGAGCAGCCACCUUAAGCAGGUGUGCUGGGGACAGGGCAGGGGGGUCCAGCUUCUUCCAGCUUCAGCAGCACUGGAGCUGCAUGUCCAACAGCACCUGCGGAUAGUCCUCUUGGGCUCAAGGGAGCACCUUGGUGAGCGAGGGUCCAAAGUGGUGAUUCCCCAUCCAAGUGACACUUGGCAGUGUCCCGCACCGUUCUUACAAGUGCAUGGUAGUCAUCUGGAUCCUGCCUUCUCCAUGUAAUGUGCCAGAUGUGGUUGUGAAGAAACUAGAUGGUGUGGUACAUGACGGUAUCAGGCCCACGUCCCUUAAAGGAUGGGAAGUAGGUAGAGCUCUCCCUUCUCUAAACUUAGUGUUUGGGUUUCUUUCUAGGUCAGGCUUUCUGGUAGUCUGUAUGGGGACUCCGUUAUUGACUGUGGCCUUUGCAGUGUUUUAUUUUGGAAAAAAAAUAGAUUGGUUUAUUCCUUUUUUUUUUUUUUUUUUUUUAAUUUUAAAAAAAAGGAGGGGGCGCAUAUAAUAUCUCACACUUGGCUCUCCUAAAGGUGUGUGUAUCUGGCUUUUAUGAUGCGCAUAACCAGCAAGGUGGGAGAGACUGGGAGUAGCUUGGGAGACUAUGGAGCACUUAUGCCUGUGUGGAGGCUACUGCCUACGGCUGAAUUGGCUCAUUUCUGUGAAGCCAGAACAAGAACCACCUUGCCGGGGGCUUGGGUGUGCCGUAUGCGUGAGAGCACCUUGUCACAGGCACCUCUGUAAAACUUUCUUACUUUCCCAGGAUUUCCUUUCCCUUUCCUUUUCCCUCCCCCAUGAAGGGGUUGUCUGACAGUAUCUGCUCAGGAAACUCAUGUCUUAAUUGCGUUAAAUCCUUGAACACAUGGAGAACCAGACGGAAGCGGCGUGUGCUCACUCUGGGUCUGCUUCCUCAUCUGUGUGCUGUGGUUCAGCGCUGCCUUUUCUGCCUGCCGCUGAAAAGGACACUGUCAACGGGGGCCAACUCCUGCACUAAACGCUCUUCCCUGUGUCGGCAACAUGAAUGCUUUGCCUGAUGAAAUCUGAAGGAAUGGACUUGGCCUCUCAGUCUCUUUAGAGGUGCAACCUGCUUAAGGGUGAGGACAGACUAAAAGGGGAAUCGGGACUCCUGAGUAUUCCCCGUGUUUGUUUUUUUAUGACAUUUUAUUUUUCAGGGUCUCUCUUGCUUCCCCUCUCUGUGCAAAAUCAGGGGACCACUGUCAUACCUACCUCACUGGGGUGUUGUGAGGCUAAACUCAACUUGUCAUCAAGUGCUUUGAGAUCCACGGAUAGAUCUGUGGCAUCUAUAGGAAUUCAGACUCUGUAUAAAAAUACUGAGCGGGGAGAGCAGACUGGUUUGUUUAACUCUGUUUAUAGCCAGCUAAUGAGUAAGAAUCGAGUCACAGGGAACGAAGCUCUGAUCCAAAUCCUGCAGUCCUUAGUUCUGCAGAGCUUGCCAAGAGUUGAGCGUAAAUAAGGCUUGUAGGGUUUGCCAGCCAAGUGCAGGCUGUUUUCCUCUGAAUGCCUCUCCUAUUCUGCACUGUCUCCUUGCACAUAUUCUCCUUCCUUUCUCCCAGCCUGGGUGCUUGUACCUGGCUGGGAAUUGGGGUUUUUUUUAGAAUUCAAGUGGUUUAUAAGACAGCCCUGUUGGUGGUGAAGUGGACAAUGCCCCCCUCGGAGGAGAUCCUUGCACUGGACAUCCUUCACUAAAGGCUGAACCAUUCGAUAGGGUGCUGUGUUGCCUAGCCAGGAGUGGUGUUGCCCCACUCCUCUCUUCCAUGUUGGCUUUUUUCCUGUGACUCUCAAGUAUGCUGCUUGGAUACUUUAAAGGCUUUGGUUUUUUGUUCUGAUUUGUUACAGCCUAAAUCCAAAGCCAUGCUGAGAUCUUCCAAAACCAGAUGCAGCUAAGACUUUCAGCUAUUCCAGAGCAGAUGGAAAUGGCUGUGGGUUUCCACGAAGGCUGGCUUUCUCUUUCAUGGCUAAGGAGUGAAAGAUUUGCAUUUUUUGCAGCUUCUAGGAGCGUAGGGGCCAAUAUUAGACCCUUAAUAUCUUGCCAGUCCUGUCACUAGGCCUGGGCAAAGGUUGCUAGCCUGUCUGUUAGCCUCUCAUUGCUGUACCCAUCCGUGUGUAGGUCCUGUGGGGCUGCCCCAGGUCUCAGACUCCUUUCCUACUCACGGGAGCAGAGCUGGCAGCGCUCUCAGAAGUGUAAGCAUUCUAGCACUCUCCUCCAUAGCGUACCAGUCCCCAACCAAGCCCCUGUGGCCAGCUUGGGGAGUUGGGGGGUGCUGCUUGCAACUACCAGUUUGCACCCUGUGGAGGGGAGAUGUUGCCACCCACACCCCCCGUAGGCAGCAGGGUGGCUGGGGAGGGAUGCACCGUGCGUGAGAAGGUGGUGUGAUGCAGCUUGCUCGCAGAGCAAGGCCAGCUCCUGCUUCUGGGGUUGUCUUGGGUGCCUUCAAGAGCAAUUCCCCCUGAAGGGGGAUAUUGGAGAGAAAGGCAGAUCUGAUUUCAGCCUCUGUCAGCUAUUCCUCUGACUUCUGCCUCUAAAAGUUUCCCUGCCAGCAACUUCAGUCACUCCAGCUCCAUCCCCUCCUCCCUGUGUUUUUUUCCCCGAAGUUCCCUAGUGAGGCAGAACAAGUAUCUGCUGGGAUGGGAGGUGCUGGGGCUGGAGUUUGGAGCUCGGGGGCAGCUCACGAUAAGGCGCAAGUUUGGGGGAGAUCUGAACAAAUCCCAACCCUCGCAGAGCCUCUUAACCUUUUCCUUUGGGAUGGGGAUCUCCAUGCAAAGCCUCGGGAAUCUGCUGUUGCCAAGUAUGCCAAAAGCUGCAGGGAAGCAGUUUCUGAAGCUGGCCCUGCAUAAGUAGCUUUUAAAAGUCUUGUUUGAGAUGUGCUCAUUUCCAGCACUUGCUGCUGAAGAAACUGAAAAGAUCCAUACUAUGCUAAACGUGGAAACCUAUUCAAGCCAGUUUCAUCUUGCUUACCAAAACUUGUAAACCUGCCCUUUUCAAAGGUAAGACAAAAGUCUUGCAGUCCUUUGCAAAAAUGCUGUAGUCUGGUCCCAGACUCCUCUGUUCAGUUGCGCUCGGUUCUGCCCUGCUGUAUGAGAGCUGUUCAGGAGAUGUGCGCAGAUGUCAGUUUUCUCAUUCAGCUUGUGCGUGUCUAUGUGCUUUUUCCCUUAUAGGUGUGUGCGUUAUACAUGUCUAAAGCCUCAAGCCAGGCUUGGUGGUUCAGUGUUUAAACUGUGUUAAGAAGGAAGUGCUCUUGGGAUUGAGCUGUUUGGGUGUUUGUUUGGUUUUUUUUUUUUUUUUUUUAAAAGUAACCCCCCUCCUCUCCAAAACCCAAAUUUCUGUUCACCUAAGAGAUGGCUUUGGGCCAUGAAGUCUCCUACAGGAAUACACACCCUCCUGCAUUCAGGCUGCUGCCUCUGAUAGACGAUGACCAAAAGUUGCUGUUUCCGACAGCCGCUCCGUGACCGGUGCGGAUCGCUUUGGGAUACUCCUGAGCUGGGUCCCCGCCACACCAGUGGUACAGCUGGUGUUAUCCGCCCCUCUGCAUCCCUCCAAGAGACUGCAUUUUUUUUUUUUUUUUUUUAUCCCCAUAACAUACCGAAGCCGUGUGGGCAGCAGGCAGCCAGCCCUGCCCUAUGUGUGCUCUGCCCAGAGAGGGAAUCCUUCCCUCCGGCUGCUUCCCGGGCACCUCUCACCAGCGCUAACGAUGCUUGGGGGUAUCUCCUGCGUGCACGGGGGGAUGCUGUGGCUCGCUACCUGCACAGACGUAACUGUGAAGGAAUCUUACACUCUUCUGUGCCUGUUUCUUUGAUUCAGCAUUAUUGUGUCUUGGGGAAGGGGAUGGGAGCAAAUGCCCUUCCCUCGCCCUCUUUUGAUCACUGUGUAAUACUCUUUUUCUACACAAACUGUGUAUAGUAAGAUGGGUUUUGCCAAGGUUUUCUAAUUAAUAGACACUAACCAGCAUUUCUCUCUCUUUUUUUUUUUUUUUUUUUUUUUGUUUGUUUUCUCUUUGCACAUGUGACUUUAGCUGCAAUGGUACAUGGUCUUUCUGUUCUUUUUCUAAUCGUGAACUUAAGUAAGCAAAUUCCUGGUGUCUGUGACAUUAAUGCACUGUGGGUCUAGCCUAGUAAAUUGUUCUGUUCCAAGCUGGGUUCUCUUAAGUUAUAGCUGGAUGGGGUUUUGUUGUUUUUAAACUGAAACAUAAAACCGUUUUACACUUUGCAUAUUUUGUACAGUAAAAUUCUGGAAAUAAACUGAAACCAGA